UCUCGCGAGACGCGCAUGCGUACUGAGCUGUUGUCAAGAUAAACGCUGUGUGGUUCGAGGUGUACCAAAUGCCUCGAUCGUCACAUAGAAGAACUAAAAAUCACCAAAAAAAGCAAAGCAGCAAGGACAAAAAGAUUUCAACGAUUUUCUUGACUGGCCUCGUGGAAGAGAAGACAUUAGCAUAGCAACGAGACAUACACGGAGCUGCUAUAUAGAGAUGUUUUGAGAAUAACUUAGGAGGUGCAAUGUCGACUAAAGGAUCUAUCGCUGGCUCCAAACCUGGUUCCAAAGCCGGUUCCAGGUUCAAAAGCAGGAUCAAAACCAGGAACCCCACAUAGCUCAAAGGCAUCCACUCCAAAAGGAGGUUCUAAAGCAGCCACUCCUUUGCCAGUGGAAAAUGAAAACUCCAAUAAUGUAACAGAUGGGACAGAACAAGAUCCAGCUGCAGGAUCAGUGGCAGCUAUUUCUGUUAGUGGUGCACCAACACCUGGUGUAGAAUUGGCCACAGAUAUAGUACCUGCAACUGUGGAUGGUUCAGAAACAGGGGACCUGGCCCUUACCCUUCAGGAACAAGAAGCUGAGCCUGUCACAGUGACACAAAUGAUCAAAGAACGCAUUGUGUGUUCUGGCUUGAGAGAAGUGGACUGGCAAGAAGAGCAUGAAGAGAUCAUAAACAAUUUCAUCGCGGACUCCAGCCUGCGUAUGAUGGUAGCAUACAAUGAUGGAUAUCGGGGAUUUUGCAUUGAGCACAAUCUUCCCACAUUUCAAGUGGAGCAGAUGUGCUACUUCAUAAAAAAUCAGGGUGACAAGGUUGUGACAGCUGAAAACUUUCUGAAGACCAUGCAAUAUGGCACAGUGCGAUGUCCCCACAUUGAAAGUUUACUGCGUGUCAUGAUGGGGGUCUAUGCCCCCGUCUUCUUUGAAAACACCUCUUGGCCUGACAGCAUUAAAAAUGAUUUCUCAGCACAGCUUCACAAGUUCCUGGCUAGCCUCACUGACACACGAUGGAAGUUGGAGGGGAAGACGGUACUUUAUGUUCCAACAGAGGGCAUGAACAUGGCAUUAGAAGAAGCAUCAAAGAACAAAGAGCUGGUUCAGAGACUGGAGACAUGUGUCAUCCACUGGGCACGACAGAUCAAGGAAGUGCUCAGCUCGCAAAAUGCAUUUGAGACAGCAGAAAACUCUGGCCCUCUUGAUGAAAUUGAGUUUUGGCAGAACCGCUGUGCUGACCUGUCUGGAAUCAGCAAACAGCUGGAUAAGCCUGGAGUCAAACGGGUCACACACAUUUUGGAGCUGGCCAAGUCAUCAUAUGUGGGACCUUUCCUGAAGCUGGCUGGUCAGAUCAAGGAAGGAUCAAGGCAGGCAGAAAGCAACUUGAAAUUCUUGACGGUUCUAAAGGAUCCAUGCCAUGAACUGGCAGAUGCUCGUCCGGCUGACAUUCCUCGCAUGCUUCCAAAGAUCCUGAACCUCAUUCGCAUGAUUUGGGUCAACUCUGACUUCUACAAGACUCGUGAGAGGCUCACAGGCAUCCUUAAGAAGAUGAGCAAUGAGAUCAUCCGGUGCUGCUGUCGUGACAUUAGUCUGGACAAGAUCUUUGAUGGCCAUGUGAUUAGUGGCAAGAAGACAUUGCAGGAUUGCAUUGUAUGCUGUGAACAGUGGAAGGAGAUAUAUGACAGGAUUUCCAAGCUACACCAUAAGUUUUCACCAGUGGGAUGGGUUCUGGACAAGAGCAGCAUAUUUGCACAGGUUGAUGCCUUUAUACAACGUUGCAGGGAUCUUUUAGAGGUCUGUGAGGCACAGCUUCAUUUUGCCAGACAAGUUGAUGGAGAAAAGUCUCCAAUACCACAUUUUGGUGGACAAAAAGGUCCAGAGAUUGCACGUGGGCUUCUGGAGAUUGAGAAUCAGUUUCAAAAGAACCUUAACAUCCUCAGAGUGAUAAAAAAAACAAUUCUAGAUGUCAAGGCCACUUCCUGGCAUGAUGACUAUAACAGAUUCCGGGCAGGUGUAAAGGACCUGGAGGUGAUGAUGCAAAAUCUGAUUUCCUCAGCCUUUGAUACAGUGACUACUGUUGAGCAGGGUGUGGAGCUGCUGGACAUUUUCAUGCACUUGUCUUUACGUGAAGCCAUCAGGCGCACAAUUGACAAGAAAACUGUGGAUGUGUAUUUGCUGUUCAAUGAAGAACUCAAUGCAGUCAAAAAGGAGCUCACGUUGAAAGCAGUUCCCCUAAUUCCAUCACACCCCAAAUACUCCGGUGCAGCCCACUGGGCCCGCAUGCUCAAACGGAGAAUUGAGAAGGGUAUGAUGAUCAUAGACAGGGCUUACUUUCUUCCAUCUAUCGGAAGUGGAGAGGAGACACGUUCACAGUAUCAACAGCUGUGCAUUGCACUGGAUGAGUACUCACGCAAGACUUACUAUGAAUGGACACAGACCAUUGAUAAGGAAAAUGAACCUCAAAAGCUGCUGGAUGUCCCUCUUAUGUGCCGCAGUAUUGAGAGACCUCCAAUGCUUGAUAUCAGCUUCAACAGAAUACUGCUGAAGAUGUUCCAAGAGAUUCACUACUGGGAGCGACUAGGGUUUGAAAUACCACAUUAUGCAGCAGACGUGUACUCAAAACGUGAAGAUCUCCGUGGACUCCGAGAACAUGUUCUUCUGGUGGUGAGAGACUACAACAGAAUCAUUGCUGCUCUGUCUUUGGAGGAGAGAGGUCUCUUCAGAGAACGAAUACGAGUUCUAGACAAGCGCAUCCACCCUGGUUUGACAAAACUGACUUGGGCUUCGAAGAAUGUUUCAGACUUUUUUGUGGCUGAGUGUCGGCUGCACGCCAGUAAGAUUCAAGUCAAUGUUGAUGACUACAAAGGUGCCAACAUGCAGAUUUCAAGCAUGUGUGUCAAGAUAAGUGAAAUGCUCCUUGUCAAGACUGACAGCAAAAUAGUUUAUGAGGACCUCAAGUUUGAUGAAGAUCAGGCUCGGCACAGAGAAAAUAUUCAGAAAAGGCUAAAGCAGAUACAUGAUGACAUCAUCUCCAGCAUGCGCCAAACUUUUAGCAUCUUCCAGAAUGAUGGCACUGAGGUCCAACAACACUGGCAUCGGUACACUGAGAAGAUGGAUCGCAUGGUCGAGGAAGCCUUCCGCUUGAACAUAAAGUGGUCCUUGCAGGAGCUGUCCAAAGCUAUCAAUGGGGAUGGCAAAUCUGCACCUAACCCAUUAUUUAGGGUGAAGGUUGUUCUAGAAGGAGACAAAGUAGAGUUUUCACCAACACUCAAGCAGGUGGCAACAGUCGUAGGCAACAUUGGUCCCUAUCUCACAAAGGCUAUUUCUGAUAUCCCUCGUCUACCCAAUGUUCUCACUAAAAGGAAGUCGCAGAAAGAUCCCAUUCAUGAGGUCAUUGGGCGGGAUGAUGAGACAAAGAAGAUCCAGAAUGUGAUUAGUGCAGGUAUGCAGGCCAAUGCUCAGAACCUGCAGGCCUACCUGGCCACCUGGGAUAACUACCGGGAGAUCUGGGAGAUUCAAAAGGAUGCCUUCAUCAGGCGUUACCAGAAACUGAACCCACAGGUGUCUUCAUUUGAUGCGGACAUUGGCAGGUACACAGAGGUGGCUAACAAUGUGCAAACACAAGAAACCAUCUUGAACAUCCAGUUUGUUUUGCUGGACUGUUCUCCUCUGAAGAUGGCUAUCCUGGCCCACUGCCAGGAGUGGCAGAACAAGUUUACCACAUUGCUCAGUGAGAUUGCUAUCUCCUGCCUAAGAGACCUUAAUUUCUUCUUAAAAGACAAUGCACACAGGGUCAGCCAGCCUCCUCAAACACUAGAUGAACUUGGAGAGAGCCUGACCCUCUGGGACAAGCUAAAUGCUGACAAACCCACCAUUGAAGCCAAAUUUGAACCAUUGAGUGAGCAGUUUGCCAUCUUGGAAAAAUAUGAAGUUCCAGUACCAGAAGAAGUGAUUGUUAUGCACAAUGACUUGGGCAAUGAAUGGGUUCGUUUCCAGCAGUCAUUGGUAGAAGCUGAGCAGAUGCUGAAAAAACACAAGGAACGAUUCAGGAGCAACCUCCUGGCACAGUCUGAAGAGUUCAAAAAACAGGUGGCUGGCCUGAUGGACGAAUUUCAGGCUAAAGGCCCCUUCACUUCAAACAUUAGCACAUCAGAUGCACUGGAAACCAUCCAGACCAUACGCAGCCAACUCAAUUCGCUCAAAGAACAAGAGCAGCAGUUGAGGCGAGGGCUUGGCAUUUUCAAGAUUGACCAGCCUCCAUCCAAAGACAUUGGAUCUCUGGAAAAGGACUUGGAGAUGAUUGAAGCAGUAUGGGAGCUGACACGAGACUGGAGUGACAUGUGGGCCACAUGGAAAGUGGAGAAGUUCACUGAACUACAGACUGCUGAGAUGGAGACACAGUCUGUGAACAUUUUCAAAAAACUAAACAAAUACAGCAGGGAGGUGAAGGACAAGAACUGGGAGAUUGUUGAAACAAGCAAGGCCAAAGUGGACCAGUUCAAGCGGACCAUGCCUCUGAUCACAGAUCUGAAAAACAAGGCCAUGCGACCUCGUCACUGGGACCAGAUUCAGACAGAGAUGCAGCGUCAGUUUGAUCACCGCUCAGAGGACUUUACUCUUGAGAGAAUUAUUGAGUUUGGCUUUGAUCAAUAUGGUGAACAAAUUGGUGACAUUUCAGGAGCUGCUACAAAAGAGCUGGCCAUCGAACAGGGCCUGGAGGCUAUUGCCCAGACAUGGGAGGUGACAGAACUGGACAUUGCCCCUUACAAGGACAAAGGACAUUUCAAACUCAGGAGCACUGAAGAUGUGUUUGCUGCCCUUGAAGACAAUCAGGUUCAGCUGUCGACAAUGAAGGCCUCACGCUUUGUUAAGGCUUUUGAGCAUGAUGUAGAUCAAUGGGAGAGAACUCUUUCCCUCAUUCUAGAAGUCACAGAGAUGCUGCUUACAGUGCAAAGACAGUGGAUGUACCUUGAGAACAUUUUCUUGGGCGAAGAUAUCAGAAAACAACUGCCACGUGAGUCAGCAGAUUUUGAUGGUGUCAACAAGAGCUGGAAGGAAAUCAUGACACGCCUCAACACUGUCAAGAAUGCACUGAGAGGAACACACCACCCAGGACUGUUGGAGCAGCUAAAUGACAUGAACACAAAGCUGGAGGAGAUUCAGAAAUCCCUGGACAUGUACCUGGAAACAAAACGACAGAUCUUCCCUCGAUUCUAUUUUCUGUCAAAUGAUGACCUGCUGGAGAUACUUGGCCAGUCUAAGAACCCUGAGGCUGUGCAGGCCCAUCUCAAGAAAUGUUUUGAUAACAUCAAGUCACUCAAAAUGAGCAAGGCUGGCUUAACACAGAAAUGGGAAGCAGGAGGAAUGACAUCCAGUGAAGGAGAGUAUGUCGACUUUGGUCAUGCAGUUUAUCUCGAGGGACCAGUAGAGGCUUGGCUGUGUGAUGUUGAGAAGACCAUGCGGUGGACUCUGAAGGAAGUGCUGAAGAACUGCCGUUUGGCCUUGAAGAAAGAUUUGACCAGGCGUGACAAGUGGACAAAGGAUUGGCCUGGACAAAUGUGCAUUACAUCCAGUCAGAUUCAGUGGACACAGGAUGUCACUAAAGCUCUAACAUCAACUAAAGAGCGUGGUGAUAAAAGACCUCUCAAGAGUUUGAAGAAGAAGCAGGUGGCUAUGCUGAACAAAUUUUCUGAAGCCAUUAGAGGAAACUUGGCCAAACUCCAGCGUUCCAAGGUAGUUGCCCUGGUUACCAUCGAGGUCCAUGCCCGUGACAUCAUUGAGAAACUAAUCAAAACAGGGUGCAAUGAUGUGAAUGCUUUUGACUGGCUUAGUCAGCUGCGUGUUUACUGGGACAAGGAUUACGAUGACUGUGUAGUGAAGCAGACCAAUACCCAGUUCCAGUAUGGCUAUGAAUAUCUGGGCAACUCAGGUCGUCUGGUUAUAACACCACUGACUGACCGCUGCUACAUGACUUUGACAACAGCACUGCACCUGCACAGAGGGGGCAGUCCCAAGGGUCCUGCCGGGACAGGCAAGACAGAAACCACCAAAGAUCUUGGCAAAGCCCUGGGAAUGUAUGUCAUUGUUGUCAACUGCUCUGAGGGUCUGGACUACAAGUCCAUGGGGCGCAUGUUCUCUGGACUUGCCCAGACAGGAGCUUGGGGAUGUUUUGAUGAGUUCAACCGCAUCAACAUCGAGGUUUUGUCCGUAGUGGCCCAGCAGAUUCUGUCCAUUCUCAGUGCACUGGCUGCCAACUCUGAGCGCUUUGUAUUUGAAGGCCGUGAAAUUGACCUUGUAUGGUCAUGUGGUAUCUUCAUCACAAUGAACCCUGGCUAUGCCGGUCGCACAGAACUGCCUGACAACCUGAAAUCCAUGUUCCGACCUAUUGCCAUGGUGGUGCCUGACUCAAACCUUAUUGCUGAGAUCAUCCUCUUUGCUGAGGGUUUUGGAAACACCAAGCUUCUAGCCAAGAAGGUCUUCACCCUGUACUCAUUGGCCAUGCAGCAACUGUCAAAACAAGACCACUAUGAUUUUGGACUGCGUGCUCUGGUGUCUGUGCUGCGGUACGCUGGGAAGAAGAAACGCAGCAAUCCAAACAUGUCCGAUGAAGAAAUCCUCCUGCUCUCCAUGAAAGACAUGAACAUAGCAAAGCUGACUUCGGUGGAUCUGCCGCUGUUCAAUGCCAUUAUGUCUGAUCUGUUUCCAGGUGUUGAGACACCUCUGAUUGACUACUCUAAGUUGAAGGGCGCCAUUGAGCUGGAGCUAAAAGGUCAUAGGAUGCAGGUCAACCCACAUGCCAUCACCAAAGUAAUUCAACUGUAUGAGACAAAGACUUCUCGCCAUUCUGUGAUGAUUGUGGGCAACACACAGUCUGCCAAAACCGUUACCUGGAGAGUACUGCAGGCCUCAAUGACGCGCCUGAACCGUGAUGGUGAUACCAACUACCAGCAAGUCAAGGACUACCCCUUGAACCCUAAAGCUUUGUCCCUUGGAGAACUCUAUGGAGAAUUUGACCUCAACACAAAUGAAUGGACUGAUGGAGUAUUAUCCAGUGUCAUGCGACAGACAUGUGCAGAUGAGAAGCCAGAUGAGAAGUGGCUGGUCUUUGAUGGUCCUGUGGACACUCUUUGGAUUGAAAGCAUGAACUCUGUCAUGGAUGACAACAAAAUUCUGACCCUUAUUAAUGGAGAGCGAAUUGCCAUGCCUGAACAGGUGUCCCUUCUCUUUGAGGUAGAGGAUCUGGCAGUGGCCUCCCCUGCCACUGUCUCACGUUGUGGCAUGGUUUACAAUGACUACAGUGAUCUUGGAUGGGAGCCGUUUGUCACUUGCUGGCUGGAGACCAAGCAGAAGGAGAAGGGCUUAGUCGAUGAGCUGAAGCGAUUGUUUGACAAGUUUCUGAUCAAGAUUCUCAACUUCAAGCGAGCUAACUGCAAGGAGCUUGUUCCCAUUGCAGAACUGAAUGGAGUUACCUCCCUGUGCAAGCUUUUUGAUUCUCUGGGCACUGUUGAGAAUGGGGUGGACCCUGCUGACACAGAGAACUUUAGCCGCAUGGUGGAACUAUGGUUCCAGUUCUGCAUGAUCUGGUCCAUCUGCUGCUCAGUGGAUGAGGAUAGCCGCAAGAAGAUAGACAACUACAUUCGUGAGACAGAAGGAACCUUCCCCAACAAAGAUACCAUCUAUGAGUACUAUGUGGAUCCCAAGAACAAAACAUGGGUCCACUGGGAGGAAAAACUGAAGGGAGGUUGGAAGUAUAACCCAGCCCUACCCUUCUUUAAGCAGAUUGUACCAACUGUGGACAUGGUUCGCUACCAGUUCCUCAUGUCCACUCUGAUUGGCUCUGAAAAGCCAGUCAUGCUAGUCGGUCCUGUGGGUACAGGCAAGACAUCUGUGGCUGAGAACACACUGGGCAAGCUAGACCGCAAGAAUUACAGUGUCCUAUGUGUCAACAUGUCAGCUCAGACAACAUCCAACAAUGUUCAAGACAUCAUUGAGAGCCGAGUGGAGAAGCGCACCAAAGGGGUGUAUGUCCCUGUUGGGGGCAAGAAACUCAUCACCUUCAUGGAUGACUUCAACAUGCCAGCCAAGGACACGUUUGGUUCACAGCCACCUCUGGAGUUAAUACGUCUGUGGAUAGAUUACAGCUUUUGGUACGACAGGCAGAAGCAGACAGUCAAGAAGAUUCAGGGCAUGCUUCUGGUGGCAGCUAUGGGGCCUCCUGGUGGUGGGCGCAUGGUCAUCUCUCGCCGCUUGCAGAGCCGUUUCAACCUUAUCAACAUGACCUUUCCACAAGAGUCCCAGAUCAAACGAAUAUUUGGCAGUAUGAUCAACCAGAAACUGCAAGACUUUGAAGAAGAAGUAAAGCCCAUUGGAGACAUCAUGACUCAAGCCACAAUAGAGCUGUACACAGCUGUUGUCCAGCGUUUCCUGCCAACACCCACAAAAAUCCACUAUCUUUUCAACCUGCGUGACAUCUCUCGGGUGUUCCAAGGUUUACUGAGGGCUCACAAGAACUAUCAUGACACAAGACACGCAAUGACACGACUCUGGAUACAUGAAUGUUUUCGAGUCUUUUCAGAUCGCCUGAUUGAUGACAAGGACUAUGAGAUGUUUGUAGGAAUCUUGACUGAAAAGCUAGGGGUCCUUUUUGAUCAGACCUUUCAUAACAUCUGCCCAAACAAGCAGCCUCCAAUCUUUGGGGACUACAUUCAUGCAGAAAAUAUCUAUGAGGACAUCACUGAUGGUGCUGCCUUGAAAAAACACAUGCAGGACAUGCUGGAAGAGUACAACAGUACCCCUGGUGUUGUCUCCAUGGACCUUGUGCUCUUUAGAGAUGCUAUCGAACAUGUUUCUAAGAUUGUUCGAGUCAUCCGGCAGCCCCGUGGUAAUAUGUUGCUGGUGGGUAUUGGAGGCAGUGGUCGACAGAGUCUGACCCGUCUGGCAGCCCACAUUUGUGAAUACAGCACUUUCCAGAUUGAAGUGACUAAGCACUACCGCAAAGUAGAGUUCCGUGAUGAUCUGAAGAAGCUGUACUUCCAAGCUGGUGUUGAGAACAAACCCACUGUCUUUCUCUUUAAUGACAUCCAGGUUGUUGAAGAAGGCUUUCUUGAAGAUAUCAACAACAUUCUCAGCAGUGGGGAGGUGCCAAACUUGUACAAACCUGAUGAAUUUGAAGAGGUGCGCAAUGCCUUGUCUGAUGAAGUGAAGAAAGAAGGGAUUGAUGACAAUCCUCAGUCAGUGUUCACCUUUCUGAUUGACCGUGUGCGUGCAAACCUUCAUGUUGUACUGUGUAUGAGUCCAGUUGGGGAGGCCUUCAGGAACCGCAUCCGUAUGUACCCUGCUUUGGUCAACUGCACCACAAUUGACUGGUUCACAGAGUGGCUGGAUGCUUUGCUGGAAGUAGCUGACAAGUACCUCAAUGAGAUGACACUUGGCAGUGAAGAAGAGGACAAACACAAGCCAUCACUUGCCAAGAUCUUCAGCAUCAUGCAUAAAUCUGUCUCAGACUUCUCCAAACGCAUGCUCAAUGAAAUGCGGCGCUACAAUUAUGUCACACCUACUAACUAUCUGGAGCUGGUGUCUGGAUACAAAAAGCUGCUGUAUGAGAAGAAAAAGGAGCUGGGCGAUGCAGCUGAUAAGCUCCGCAAUGGUCUGAGCAAAAUUGAUGACACACGUGAGAAGGUGCAGAAAAUGUCAGUAGAGUUGGAGGAUGCUAAGACCAAGGUGGCCCAGUUUCAGAAGCAGUGUGAUGACUACCUACUCAUCCUUGUGCAGCAGAAACGGGAUGCUGAUGAGCAGCAGAAGUCUGUAGCUCAGAAGAGUGAGCGCAUUGCAGAUGAAGAGACUAAGUGUCAGCAUAUGGCUGACCUUGCCCAAAAUGACCUCAAUGAAGCACUUCCUGCACUCCAGGAAGCCAUUUCGGCUCUUGAGUCCCUGAACAAAAAGGACAUGACAGAAAUCAGAUCUUAUGGUCGUCCACCAGCACUAGUUGAGAAGGUGAUGGAAGCUGUGAUGAUUUUGAGAGGAUCUGAACCCACCUGGGCUGAGGCCAAGAAACAGCUGAGUGAUGGAAAUUUCCUCAAACAGCUAUUCAACUUUGACAAAGACAAUAUAACAGACCGUGUCUUGAAGAAGAUUGGUCAGUACUGUACACAGUCAGAUUUCCAGCCUGAAAUCAUUGGUCGAGUGUCGGUGGCUGCCAAGUCUUUGUGUAUGUGGGUACGAGCCAUGGAGGUGUAUGGGCGCAUCUACCGUGUGGUGGAGCCCAAGCGCCAGCGCCUGAAUGCGGCGCAGUCACAGCUUAAAGAGAAACAGGAUGCUCUUUCAGAUGCCAAGGCCAAGCUUGCUGAAGUUGAGGCUAAGAUGGUCGAGUUGAAGAAGCAGUAUGAUGAGAAGCAGGCACAGAAGGAAGAGCUGAAGCGGCGGGCAGAGCACACAGAGCUCAUGCUGGACCGUGCCUCCAAGCUAGUGUCGGGUCUGGCAGGGGAACGUAUUCGCUGGCAAGAAACCGUGAAGGAUCUGGAAGAGAAGAUAGGAUACUUGCCAGGUGACUGUCUGAUAGCAGCUGCUUUCCUGUCAUACAUGGGACCAUUCUUGUCUAACUACAGAGAGGACAUUGUCCAGAAAGUAUGGAUGGCAGAAGUCCGCAAACUGAGUGUACCAUGUGCACCCAACUUCAAUUUCUGUGACUUCAUGGCUAAACCCACGGUGGUACGAGACUGGAACAUUCAGGGCCUUCCCAGUGACAGUUUUUCCACUGAGAACGGUGUUAUCGUGACCCGAGGCUCCCGCUGGCCCUUGAUGGUUGACCCACAGGGACAAGCCAUUAAGUGGAUCAAAAAUAUGGAGGCAUCAAAGGGUUUGAAGGUGAUUGAUCUACAGCAGACAGACUACAUGCGGACACUAGAGACAGCCAUCCAGUUUGGCUUGCCAGUCUUGCUACAGAAUGUACAGGAGCGCCUUGACCCAUCCCUUGACCCUAUUCUCACGAAGUCACUUAUCAAGAUUGGUGGUGCAUACAUGAUUAGACUUGGAGACAAAGAGGUUGAGUACAACACUGACUUCCGCUUCUACAUCACCACCAAACUGUCCAACCCACACUACACACCUGAGACCUCCACAAAAACCACCAUCGUUAACUUCGCUGUAAAGGAGCAAGGUCUUGAAGCACAACUACUGGGUAUAGUAGUGCGAAAGGAACGGCCAGAACUAGAAGAGCAGAAAGACAAUCUGGUCCGCAGCAUUGCUGCUGGGAAGAAGAAACUGAACGAAUGCGAAGAUGAGAUUUUGAGGCUGCUGAAUGAAACCAAGGGAUCCCUACUGGAUGAUGAGCAGCUGGUGAACACACUGCAGACAUCCAAGACCACUUCACAGGAGGUGUCUGAGCAGCUGCAGAUAUCCGAACAGACAGAGACCAAGAUUGAUGCAGCCAGAGAGGGUUAUCGUCCAUGUGCCCAGAGGGCUUCCAUUCUGUUCUUUGUGCUGAAUGACAUGGGCCGCAUUGAUCCCAUGUACCAGUUUUCACUAGAUGCUUACAUCGAACUAUUUAUGCUUUCCAUUGAGAAGAGUUCACGAAGUUCUAAACUGGAGGAGCGUAUCAACAACCUCAACGACUACCAUACAUAUGCUGUGUACAGGUACACUUGCCGUGGUCUCUUUGAACAACAUAAGCUGCUUUUCUCCUUCCAAAUGUGCGUCAAAAUCUUGGAACAUGCUGGCAAACUCAAUAUGGAGGAGUACAACUUCUUUCUUCGGGGAGGCGUGGUAAUGGAUCGGGAGAAUCAAAUGGAUAACCCUUGCACAGGCUGGCUGUCAGACAGCGCCUGGGAUAACAUCACAGAGCUAGACAAACUGACAAACUUCCAUGGCAUCAUCACCUCCUUUGAGCAGUAUCCACGGGACUGGAGUAUUUGGUAUACAUCAGCCACUCCAGAAACGACUGGUCUUCCAAGUGAGUGGGACAAUGCCUGCAACGAGCUACAGCGGAUGCUGAUUGUCAGGUCUCUGAGACCCGACCGCGUUUCUUUCUGUGUGACAAUGUUCAUUGUCAACAACCUUGGAUCACGGUUUGUUGAGCCCCCUGUGCUUGACAUGCAGCAGGUUGUUGAAGACUCCACCACCAAGACACCUCUCAUCUUUGUCCUUUCUCCUGGUGUGGAUCCGACCAGCGGUCUUCUUCAGCUUGCUGAAAACAGCGGAAUGGCUAGCCGUUUCCAUGCCCUCUCUUUAGGUCAAGGUCAAGCGCCAAUCGCCACCCGCAUGAUCAAAGAGGGAGUGAAAGAGGGCAAGUGGGUGUUCUUGGCCAACUGUCACCUGUCACUGAGCUGGAUGCCAGCCUUGGACAAACUGGUAGAGCAGCUGCAAGUAGAAGAGCCUCACCCUGAGUUCCGUCUCUGGCUCAGCUCAUCCCCCCAUCCCCAGUUCCCCAUCUCAAUCCUGCAGCAAGGCAUCAAGAUGACAACUGAACCUCCCAAGGGUUUGAAGGCCAACAUGAAGCGCCUGUACAAUCUAGUUACUGAACAGCAGUUUUUGCGCUGUCACAAGCAAGACAAGUAUAAAAAACUCCUUUUCUGCCUUUGCUUCUUCCAUUCUGUUCUGCUGGAAAGACGUAAAUUCCUUAUGCUGGGCUGGAACAUUGCGUAUGAGUUUAACGAUUCUGACUUUGAGGUUUCAGAGAAUCUGUUGAGCAUAUACCUGGAUGGCUAUGAGGAAACCCCUUGGGAUGCUUUGAAGUAUCUGAUAGCUGGCAUAAACUAUGGUGGCCAUGUCACUGAUGAUUGGGAUCGUCGUCUCCUCAUGACAUACAUCAAUGACCUCUUUACUGACAGUGUGCUAGCACAGCCAUUCUAUAAGGUCUCCAGCCUUCCAACUUACUACAUUCCCCGUGAUGGGCCGCUUGCAUCCUACAAAGAGUAUGUCAGCAUGCUGCCCGCUGUGGACCACCCUGAAGCCUUCGGACAGCAUCCUAAUGCCGAUAUCCAAUCCCAGAUACAGGAGACACGCAUGAUGUUUGACACACUUUUGUCACUCCAGCCACAGAUCUCAUCCACUGCAGGAGAGAGCAGGGAAGACAAAGUGCUUGACCUCGCAGCCAAUAUUUUCAAGCAGAUUCCAGAGAAUAUUGACUACGAGGGCACUGCCAAGAUCUUGUCUGUAGAUCCAUCUCCAUUGAAUGUGGUCCUGCUGCAAGAAAUUCAGAGAUACAACCUUCUGUUGGAUGAGAUCCGUAUGUCGCUGACGCAUCUGGAGAAAGGUAUUCAAGGUCAGGUUGUCAUGACACUGGAGCUGGAGAGCAUCUUUACUUGUAUCUAUGAUGGUCGGGUGCCACCUGCAUGGGAAAAGGCUUAUUCAUCUUUGAAACCCUUGGCAGCUUGGACAAGAGACCUGGUUGUUCGUGUGGAACAGCUGGCAAAGUGGGCCCAGUCUGCUCAUCCACCAACGAUAUUUUGGAUGUCUGGCUUCACAUUUCCCACUGGAUUUUUGACAGCUGUGCUUCAGACAUCUGCAAGACAAAACAGUGUGUCAGUAGAUUCUUUGUCCUGGGAGUUCACUGUGCUGACAGUCGAUGACUCCAACAUUACUGGACCUCCAAAGGAUGGUGUGUACAUCAAGGGACUGUAUCUACAAGGUGCAGGCUGGGAUAAAAAGAAUUCGGUGCUGGUGGAAGCCAACCCCAUGCAGCUGGUCUGCCCCAUGCCAUCCAUCCACUUCAAACCCACCGAGGCCAGAAAGAAAAGUAGCAAAGGAAUCUACACAGCACCAUGCUAUUACUAUCCAAAUCGUGCCGGUUCCACUGGGCGACCUUCAUUUAUUGUGGCUGUAGACCUCAAGUCUGGGGAGAAAUCAUCUGAUCACUGGGUGAAGCGUGGCACUGCCAUUCUCAUGAGCUUGGAUUACUAAACUGCUGUGGCAUUUGAGUGCAAAUCUAACCUUUUCUUCGCAUGCUGGAUAAUGGAAUAAUGUGAAGCAGUUCCCAAACAUUCUUUCUGAAGCAGAAACACACCAAAAGUAUAGUGUUUGCUAAAGAAGUGCCAACAUUUGAUUGUACAGCUGAUGACAGUGGGCUUGUCAUUGUGGCUGUCUUAUAAAUAUAAGGACUGUGUACAUUCGGUGUAUGUAAAAUGUUUCUUGCGUUUUCCACUAGACUUGGUAAACUGACCACACUUUAUUUUUUGACUUCUUGGUCCUGCUGGCAACCGAAUCUCUGUGAAACAAUGCGUUUGCUUCAGUUAUUAUGACUGCCUAUGUGAAAGACACCCUCAUCAAUAUUUUGUUCUCUGUAAACUAAUGUUAUGAAAUUUCAUAUUUACUGACAGUUGUAAAUACUGAGCACUAUAUUUAUUCCUAUAUUUUAUGACCAUGGAUACUUUUAUAUUUAUAUGUACAGAUUUUUUCAGGAUUGGGUAUGAUACAAACUUAAAUUUAGGUAUUUGACUGUAUUUUAAAAUACCUUUUUUUGAGCUUGUAUCACAAACUUUUAGUCAUUUAAUGUGAUUGUUUUGUUGUACACAUUCAUUUUAUAGACAUGAGUUGCUUUUGCACGUGUGCGCAGGCACACACACACUCAACUGUGUUUAAGGAAGAAAGCAAAUAUUUGGUCCUAAUUAAAAGUUUUUUUUUUAAAUAACUCAACCAUACCGUCCAUUUACACCCCGAAUUUCCUACCCCUUACUUUUCAUAUUCGUCACUUCGCUAUAGCCCCUUAUUUCCUUCAGUUACUGUUACUUAUUGCUAGCCUCAUUUGUUU